UUUAUCGCUUUUCUACAUAUUUUCAAUAACGGUAGAUAUUUCAAGUAAAAGUUGCCAAAGUUAUGGAGAAGGACGAGACCGUUACCUGCCCGGAUUUGUACAGACUACUGUUGAUAAUGUCGGCUAUCAGCAGUGUAUUCAAAUGUGCUAUAGAAAAGUUAACUGUGAUUCUAUCAACUACGACAAAGAUCAACUAAAGUGUGAAAUGAACUCCGUUGUAACUGCCGGACAUACUCUGGAUGAUAUCCUAGAAUUCAGACAAGGGUCACAACACAGUGUGGUCAACAAGACGGCGCUAAAUGAGGAUCAGAGAUCAUGUGAUUUGUUGAACUGUCCCCCGAAUACUCAAUGCCUCAAGUUACGAGACAACACAGCUUUAUGUCACCCAGAGACAUGCCGACGAACAGACUAUCUGUUGUCAUCGAAACUGAAUUUCUGCUUUAAAAUCCAUGAUCAACAAGUCACUUCCGCAGACGCAGUACAGACGUGUACUGAUGAAAACGCCACCCUGGCCGUCAUCAAUUCUGCUGAGAAAAAGGAUUACUAUGACAAAGAACAUCUCCGCUUCAAAUUUUCAACUCGACUAGGAUUCUUCGUCGCCGGGUCAUACCUUGGUGGAGUGUGGAAGCUCCCCGGCAACACUAUUUUGGACCAGUCCGUUGGUUGGUCCAGGGUCAUUAUGAACUAUGACGGGCCGUGUAUGGUUCUGUGGAGGAUACCAGCCGAAUAUGUCCUCGCUGAUGUGCCGUGUACAGCAAGGUUUCGCUUCAUCUGCGAGCAAAACUAAACUAGUUGGAUUUUUUAAGCAUUAUUUUAAAACGAUGUUUUAUUACGGAGAUUGUAUCUAUAUUACUUUUGUCAAUGAUAUCUACUUUAGAUGAUCUACCGUGGAUUUAGCUGAUCAGACACCGAUGUUGGUUUUAUUGUGUAACGAUAUUGUGUCACCUCCACCUGACAAACUGACACAUUAGUGUCUGUUCACUGUAAUCACCCUUACUAUAAUUGUAAAUGACUUUUAAAUUAGAUACCAUUUCAUAAUGUCGGACUGAAUUAAUGCUAUCUUGUAAAAUGUCACGUGACGAAUAUAAAAAAUAGACUGAUUUCUAAAAACAGCCACGUGACCAACUUGUCUAAAGUGUCGUAAGAUAGAGGUUAAUCACGAUGGGGACAACUUGGGUCAUUUUAAACUAAAGUAUUUUUUGUUUUGAUUUGUUUUAACUUUUGAAUGUCGUGGAGCGAAUCAAGUACCCACAAUAUAAUAAUUAACACUCUAUCGAUCGGUCAAGUGUUUUAUCUCAAACUCUCACGUCAAGAUUGUGUCGAGUAGUUUCUAGUCUUCAGGUGACAUUUGAUUUCCAUGGCGUUGUUGGAACAUGUAAAAUUUUGUGGCUUGUGUAAGUCUAUCGGCAUAAUCAUUUCGAUACUGUUAAUAUGUAUGUCUUACUGAAUAAAACAAUGACACUGU